GAGGGAUGGUUGCAUACUGGAGAUGUGGGAGAAAUUGAUGACCCUCAAGGUGAAUAUAUUCCCCUGAAAAAUGAAAAUGAUGUCGUUGUUAACGAAUUGUUGGAACGUUUAAAUAUUUAUGGAAAAAAUAACGGACUUAAAAG